AUGAUGCAGUAUGACGCGAAAAUGGACGUGAUGGACACGUCGGACCACACGUGGUUCGAAUGUUUCAUCGAUCCGGUGAAAGCGCGAAAAGUGUUGCGCGAUCCGGCGAUGAAAAAAAUUCUGCCGCGAUUGUGCAUUCAGUUCACCGAGAAGGGAUUUCUCGCCGAGAAGGAGCGCGAGAAAAUUGGCAAAUUGGCGAUUGAAGAACUGAAUUUGUUCGAUCGAAAAGCGGCCAGUAUGCGAUUGUGCGCGAUGGCGGCGUUUUCGGCGCUCGAUUGGGAUAUCGAUUACAUCAUCGACAACGUUUCACGAUAUGAGCUCCUCACACUUCGAGUAUUGGCAGACUACACGUAUAAAAUAUACAACGAGAAGAAUCUCGACGCGACAUUCGGCAAUUGGCUGUUCUAUCGAUUUGUGAUAUCGAUUGAUCGGCGGAGUCGAAUACCGCCGCCGGCGCCGAAGGCCACAAUUCCGACGCUGUACAAUCAAAUGACAAUGAACGAUUUGUCGUAUAUAAGGCACGAAAAAGUGCAAAAAAUGAUUGCGGAAUUGCGCACGAAUUUGCCGAAAGCGCGAGCGUUCAUCACCGAGUUGUCCGAGCAGCCGAAAGACGUGAUCGCGCCCGGCGUCGAGUGUUUCCUGCAGCCGUUUGCGACACUCGCGCCAAGAGCACUAUCGGCCGCUUUGAUUGGCAAUCGCGAUGUGCUCAUCGAGAUUCCCGAAUGCAAUUUCGACAUUGAGAAAUUUGUGCUGCCCGCCGACGAUGUCGCCAAUAAGUGUCGAGCCGAACUUGUCUCGCUUUUAUUCACGUGUGGUGAGCUUCGAGAAGCCAAAAGGAUAAUGAGCAAGAUUCAUCGGCCGAAAAUUGCCCAUAAAAUGACAAGCAUCGAUGAGACGAUGCUCAAAGCCUACAGUAUGGUGUUGAAUGUGAAAUCGCCGUUCGUGACGGGAUCGACACUCAUUAAACCGAUGGUUUUCGAUCAGAAAGUGCUUUUGGACGACAAUUCGCCGUAUCGAAAAAGUGAAUUGUUUCGCGAACGCGGCGAACAAGAAACUAGCGGCCAAUUGCAGAUGGUCUAUAAAUCGGAGAAUGCUGCGAAAAGUAUAUUCGAUGGCCAUCCGGAAUCGGUUCGCGAGAAGGUUUCGUCGAAAGCGACUAUUGAGCGAUUUGUCAAGGUCUUGAAGCGACACUUGUCGAAUUUGGGCAACGAUGUGCAGAAGAAGAUUUUCAUCAACGGCUACCUGCAAUUCCUGUGCGCCACAAUUGUCGAUUUACGGCCGACACUUGAGCGCAGCGGAUUCGAUGUUUCGCAAUUGAGAGAUAUCGCGAAACCGUCGCCGUCGACGCCAUUACAACCAUUGCCGACGAGUCAAAUGAUUGAUGCUCUCGUCCAGAAUAGCGAUCCGUUUUGGAUAAUAGUCACCAAAUUCAAUUUGGAAACACUUCGCGAUGCAAUGACCGAAAUGGGACCGUUUUGGUUUCCGAAUACGAUGCCCCACUCUGAAUUUCUCGAUGAUAUUGUGAAAAAGAGCAAAUCGUCGCCGAAUCACAAUUUGCAGAGGCUUCUUCUUGCGAAAUUAGAGCAACUCUCCAAAAUGAGGAAUUUCAAAGCAUUCACAACCCGCUUGCAAGAAUAUUUCGCGGAAAUGGGCGGCUCGGCACAAUGGGUUUUGCAGGCGACGUUUGAAAGCAUCCAUGUGCACGCGGCGGUCGGCAAUCAUUGUUGUUUUUUGCCAUACGAGCGAAAAUUCCAUGAAGUCAACGUCGAGCAGACGUCGCUCAUAUUUAAGCCCGAUUUUAAGCCGACGGAGAACAGCGCGAAAAUGAUCAAUCAGUGUAUGGCGCUUUUGUUGAAUCGCGGCGAAUUCAAGACGGUUUUGGAGAAAGGCGGACACAUACCGAUUGAGCAGUUCCCGUGUGUGCCGGUCGCACGAUUGCUGGGCGCCUAUGCGCACAAUAUAAGCGAUCAGGCGAUGACGCGAAAAUGCGCCGAUGGAUUUUCGCAUACGAAUUCGGUGAAAUUCACGGCGAUUCAGAAAAAGGACUCAAAAUUCGACAUCGCGAAACGCGACAUCGCCCACCUCCUUCAUUUGUUCAAUCUGAUUCGUCAGCCGCUGCUCGUCGAAUUCAUUCUCGCCUACAUUGUGAGCGUUCACAAUCGCGCGGUGUCGACGCAAAACCGGCCGCAAUUGAAAUUGCACGCGAAACUUUUGCCGUUGUUCGGCAACGAGAACACGCCGAUCGAGUUGAGCAACGCCGAAGACGUCAGGCAGUGUUUGCGGAUGAUGUGCGAGAAGGCCUACAAGAUAUUGCGAGCCGACGCCGACGCGAUUCGCACCUACGCCGAUUUUUUGUACGUCGAAGGCGAUUAUCAGGCGGCCGGCGAGAAGUACAUGGAAUAUUUUGCGGCGCAUUCGAUCAAUUUCAAAAUCAAUGGAUCGGCCGACGCGGUGUUCAAUGAGACGCUGAUACGACGCCUUCGUGUGAUUUUGGCCAACUCGGGCUACAUGACAAUGUCAUAUCUACUGUGUCAAUUUAUCAAGAAUGGCAAACUUGAUGAGAUGAACAAAGCGGCUAGCAUAAAUGAAAUGCUUCUUCAAAAAAAUAUGACGCGAGAUAUUGGCGCGAAUUUGGCGGAAUUCAUCAUCGACACCCAAUUCAUUGAAACGCUCUCCGGACAUUAUCACUCGCUGAAAAUGAGCAAAGCGGUGAGCACAUUGUAUAGCGGUGCAAGCACGUUGGCAUCGAAUAAAAGUGUUCCCGGACCAUUGAUUGUCCAAGAAGUUCAUCGACGAACGGCGAAAUUCAUUCAAACGCUGGCCUCGAUAUUCUUCGGCAUUCACUGCUAA